AUGAACGUCAUAGUACCGCCUACUGAAAUAGCUAAAGGAAUCGGUGUCGCCACAACCGCAUUUUUUAUUGUAGCAGAAAUGGCUGGAAGUGGUGUGCUAGCUUUACCCAAGGCUGUUGUGGAAAGUGGCUAUACUGGUAUCGGAUUAAUUGUUGUAGCUUCUAUCAUGUCUGCUUACACCGGCAAGAUUUUAGGUGAUUGCUGGAAUAUUUUAUUAGAUAAACUACCUCAAUAUCGAGAACAUAAUCGUUAUCCUUAUCCGUCGAUUGGAUACGAAGCAAUUGGACCUGCUGGCAGAUAUCUAGUAUCAAUAUGUGUUAAUUUAACACUUUUUGGAGUUGGUGUUGUUUUCUUAAUCUUAGCGUCAAAUAAUCUGAUAUCUCUAAUUGAUACGCACAAUAUCAGUUACGCUGGCUGGCUAGCUAUUUGCGCAGCAUUUGUGACACCUUUAAUGUGGUUUGGAACCCCAAAGGAUUUUUGGUUUAUUGGAAUAUUAUCCGCAGCAUGUACUAUCACUGCUGUUAUUCUUAUCUUUAUCAAUUUAAUGCUAAUCGCACCUGCACCACAAGACUUGGCUAGUGUCCCUCAAGCGCCAGUUACGUUUACAUCCUUUUUCUUCGCCUUUGGUGCUAUUUUAUUCGCCUACGGAGGUCAUGCGGCUUUUCCAACUGUUCAACAUGACAUGAGAGAACCAUCUAAAUUUAAACAAUCAAUUCUCAUUUCCUAUACCACGGUCAAUUGUCUAUACCUCCCUAUUGCUAUAGCUGGAUUUUUAAUUUUUGGGAGAAAUGCUGAAACUGCCGAUAUCUUGCUAACCUUGAAGAAAUCUGGUCGGGGAGGUGCUAUACUUGCUAUCGCUGAGGUUUUAAUUACUUUACACGCUCUUUUUGGCUUUAUUAUUGUCCAAAAUCCAUUAGCUCAAGAAAUCGAAAAUAUUUUUAAAGUACCCAAUAAAUUUUGCUGGCAGCGUGUUGUACUUCGUACUAUUCAAGUUGGUGCUGUGCUUGGUCUAGCUGAAGCUGUGCCUAAAUUUGGAGCAGUACUAUCAUUAAUUGGUGGCUCAACUGUUACCGCUUUAACCUUCAUCUUUCCAUCUUUGUUUUACCUUAUCUUAAAGAAAAAAUUAGCUCGUAAGCCGAUUUCCUUAGUUGAAUAUACCAUCAAUAUAGAAUUGAUUGCAAUAGGAUUUUUGGGGGGUAUUGCAUCCACCUAUUCCGCCAUUAUUGGAAUUGGAAAAGCUUUUGCACCAAAAUAG